AGCCCCAUUGCGGGCCUGUACCCGGGCAUGCGUGGCGUGGAGUACGAGUUCUACCCGCUCACCUCGCCGCCGACGUCGGAGCUGUGGCGGCUGAACACCACCAUCAAGGCAGCCAACCUGACCGGCGGCUACUCAGGCGUGCUGAUGGAUGUAGUGGAGACACGUGACAUCGAUGCGCCUGUGCCCUGGGCGUGCACGCGUCUUAGAGGCUUCUUCACGGCGCCGCGCACCGCCACCUACACAUUUUUCUACUCGGCAGAUGACUACGGUGAGGUCAACGGCACCUGGAUUCAGAACGGCGUGGAAGUACGGCAGCGGUUGGUGGCGCUCGGCCAGGGCACCUACCUGGACUGGUAUUACUGGCUGCCUUCGCAGCGCAGCGCGGCGGUUAACCUAACUGCCGGCCAACCGCUUCUGUUGGAGGCCAACUCCUGUAACAACGCCGGGCGUGGCUUCCAACAGGUUGCUGUACGCGUCACGGACGACCGCGUACGCCCUAACACAGUGGAGCGGACCAUCCAACUGCGCGUGUUCGGGCCCAGCAUGCCGCGUUCCGUCGCGCUCAAGUGGCUGUAUGUGCCGUCGCCAACCGUCGCCAACUCAACCGCCGUACAAGUUACGGUUUCGGCGGACAGCGCGGCGCGGUUCAACGACGCGCUGCUGGCACUGAACCUCACCCUGGAGUGGGUCAACGGCACGGGUGUCGCUGGCAGCGGCAGCGCGCCGCCAGCGGGCCCGGUGCGGCAGUUGAAUGUCACAUUGCCGCUGGCCGUGCCGUCUGCAGAAAUGACGGCGCGCCUGGGGGCGGCGCUGGGGCCGCCGUUCAACCGCACCACGGGCGGCGUCGGCGGCGCAGGACUCAUUGGCGUGCGGCGCGUGCUCAGCGGCGCCGUACUGCUGCUGGAGAUCGGCGCGAGUACGGCAGCCAUGCCGCACCUGGCAAUCACGGCGGCAGCGCUGGUGGCGCUGCCGUCGCCGCCGCCCACUAUAGUGUCUAACCUUAGCAACUGCAGCUUCGCCAACCCCCUCAUGGCGCCCGUGCCGGGCUCCGCCGCUGAGGCCGCGUACCUUGCGCCGCCCGCGCCACCGGCGACAGUGGUGCCAACCGCCAGCCUGGCAACGGUACUGCCGGCACUGAACGUGUCGUACGGCCCGGCGCCGCCGCCGCCGGAGCCCGCCAGCAACCCCAGCGGCACGUGGGCGUUACGGCUCUUGUCCGGUACGGACACACGGAACCUGCCGUACGACAUCUCGGCGGCGGCGCUGCUGUCCGUCAUCAACGACCUCACCAGCAACGGCCCGGAGUGUGCGGUAGUGCGGACCACCGUGCGCGAGGGGCAGUACCUGGCCAACGUAUGGAACAUCACAUGGGUAAACGCCAACUACAUCAUCGUGUACGCGUUCACCGUGACGCCCGGACCCGACGCGCCGCUGGGCAGCGUGCUGGCUACGGAGGCGCGCGCCGCCUCGCCCUUCACCACUGGCACCUUCCGCAUCGCCGCGAACAGCGAGUGCGAGUACGUUGACGUGAACGCUUUGGAUGACUACGUGCCUAGCAUCGGCGCGAAGCUGGCGAGCUUGCCAGGGCUGUCAAACUCUUCAAAUGUAGCUAGGGGUUAUGGUUCCGACUCGGCCACCUACGUAAGCGUUACGUUGGAUGCGUACGCGCACUCGCCAACCGCCAACCAGCCCAGCCUACGGUUGGUGGACUCGCGCGGGCUCAGUUACCAGGACGCGACCACGCUUUUCGUGCCUGCCUGGGCUGCGCCGCCGGAGCAGGCGUUUGAGCGGUUGCCGGUUGACUUCUUCCAACUGCCGGUCGCGGGCCCAGGCUCGAUUCGGUUGAUUGUCAACGACGCUGCGGCGGCGUGCGUGCAUCCAUCUGGCAUCUGCUCGUUUCGGUACGACAGUACGGCAACGCCCACCGUUGCCGCGGUGCAGCCACAGAGCCUCACGUGGCCCACCGACACGCCGGCGGUUACGGCGGCGGCUGGAAAUGCGGCGGCGGAGCUGACCAUUAAUGGGCGUGGCUUGAAUACCACGACAGCGGCGGCGGCAGCCGGCGAGCAGGUUUGGGUCAUGGUUAGCGGUGCAAACUGCACCAUCACGGCCGUAAACGACACCCAAAUUGUUUGCAACGUGCCUUGGGCCGCGCUCGCCACCGGGCAGCGGCAGGUUGUGGUGUACGUGCCGGGACGCGGCUACGCCGCCGGCACGCCGCCGCUACUUGUCUCGGCCUUUGCCGUGCGCGCGGUCGUGCCGGCGGCGCUGCCGCUGGCUGCAGGCGACGGCAGCAGCAGCAGCAAUGGCGGCAUGGCGCUGCUACAGAUCAGCGGGCAGGGGCUGGUGGAUGCCGCGGACGUGGCGGCGGCGGCGGCGGCCGGGGGCAACCCGUGUGCGGGUCUGGGCGUGUCAGUGGGCGGCGUGGCGUGCGGGUUAGUGGCGUGCGGCCCAUCGCAACUGUUGGCGCUUUAUCCCGGCGGGGGCGCUGCGGUUGCCGACGGAAUGUCAAUGCCUUUGGAGCUUCAGGCAAUUGUGAACGGCACUGCUGCGGUGCGCUUCACAGUCCCAGUGGCUGCGUCGCCACUUGGGUCCACCACUGCGCCAGCAGUGGUGUCGCUGACGCCGACGGCGACAGGGGCGUCAGUGCUGCCGGCGUCAGGAGGGGCCAAUGUGACCAUUGGAUUGAGAGGCUCCUUCAACCCGUCCGACGUGCUGGGGAUGUACCUGGUGGCCCUGCCGCAGAACUGGACAAACGCUACAACCAGCGGCAGUAGCACGGGCGCUAACAGCAGCAGUAGCAGUAGCAGUGGCAGUACUGGUAGCUGCAGUGGCAGCGGGAGCGGUGCCGUCGGAAUGACGCCGCUGGCGGCCGCGCUAGCGGCGGCAGUGCCCUGCGCGGCGGUGACCUGGCAGCAGCAGCCCUCCUCAUCCUCCUCGGCCUCGGCCUCCGUGGCGGUGUGCACCACUGGCCCCAUGCCGCCCGGAUCCUACCAGGCGAUGGUGGUGCUGAAUGGCUCUUCAACAGCCAGCGGCGGCUCUUCAGCAGCAGCUUCGGCUACUGCAGGUGGCAGCAGUAGCACAAGCAGCAGUGCCUACAACGCCCAGGGGCUGACACUGCUGUCGUCAGGCAGCGUGUCAGUGGACCUGUCUGUGACCUCGGUCAGCCCGGCGGCAGGCAGUGUGGGCGGCGGCACGCUGCUGACCCUCACCGGCUUUGGCUUUGUCGCAGCUGGCGCCAUCAACAGCACAGACGCCAUCCGUAUAUUUGUGACCGUGCCGGUGUCGGGCACUUUCCCAACCGGCCUGCUGCCGUGCGACGUGGUGUCAGCAACCGCCACGCAGCUCAUGUGCCGUACACGGCCGCACCUAGCGGCGACCGCGGAUCUGGAUGACCCCUUGGCGGCCAAGCGCCUGCCCAAGGUCACGCCGGCGGCGGCCGUGGUGGUUAUGCUUUGCCGGGCUGUUAGCAACAACGCCAGCGCCAACGGCGGCUCCGGCACUGGCUCAACCAGUGCGGGCCCCAGUGCGAGCCUGCCGAGUACCUGUCCGUUCGGCACCUUCCCGGUUGCAACAUCUCGCUGUACCGUCAGUAACGGCUGCCGCUACGCCUACACAACCGCCGCCACACCCGUGUUGGGGUACGUGCUGCCAAGCGCCGGGGGCGCCGGCACGCGGAUCACAAUUGUGGGCCGCGGGCUCACAGGCGCCACCACGGCGCGCUUCUUUAACGCUGCUAGUAGCACCGGCACUGGCGCGGCCAGCAGCAGCAGUAGUAGCAGUGGCGCUGCGAGCAGCAGCGGCAGUAGCGCCGUGGCGCAGGCGUCAUGCAGCCUGGAUGCGGCGACGCCGCCGGCAGUAGCAUCCGGAUCUGCAGGAGGCGUGCUGACGGCUGUAGCAUGCGACGUGCCAGCGGCGCUGCGGGCGGGGCGCUACAGCCUGGUGGUGGAGCUGCCGUCUGGCAGCAUGUCGCUUGACCCGUAUCAGGGAGCGGUAUUCAGCUACCAGCCCACCCUGGCGUCCGUCAGCCCUCGUGCCGUCUCGCUGGCUGGCGGCCUGCCCGUCACGCUUUCCCUUGCUACAGCCGGAAGUGGGCCUCUGCUACAGCCCGACACGCCCGCCGCUCACGCCGUGACGGUGGGCGCGGGGAUGCUGGGUCCCGCGGGCCUGCCGUGCCCCGUGGUCAACGUCAGCAGUACGACAACGCUGACCUGUACGGCGCCGCCGUUGACUGGCUGGAUCCUGGCUGAGAUCUGGAACCUGGCGCCGUUCUCUGGUUUCCGGCCGCUUGUCGAGAGCUUCAAUGUGACACCAACCGCGACGGUGCUGGUCCCAAGCGCCAACUUCGACCACACGGUUGGCACGCUGCCGCCCAUCUUCCCACCGGGCAUCCUGCAACCCGAGUACUACGGCAUCCGCUUCACCUUCUACGUCCAGUUUACCCGCGCGGAGAACGUGACCUUCCAGAUCGCCGCGGAUGACGGCGGCCGGCUGCUGAUUGAUGACGCAUGGGUGGCGGACACCGGGCGAACCCUGACACUGCCGCUGGGCGCCGGCGUGCACAAGUUCGUGUGGGCCUUCUACCAGGCAGGCGGCUCCAGCGUGUCCCGUGUCUACAUGGCUGUGUCCCCCAGUGCCGCCACCUCCUUCCCCUGGACCAAGGCGACCCCGGUGCCGCCUGGCACACUGCUGCCGCUCACGCUCAGCGUCAACGGCGCACCUGCCGCCGCCGCCUGCGCCGGCGCGCAAGUCAGCCUGCGCACCGCACCGGGGCAGCAAGACCUUAGCUUUGAGCCCUCCAACAUCACCCUGCCCUCCAACGCCUCCGCCUGCGGCCUGUUGUAUACGGCAUAUGCCACGCCGACGCUGGUGGCAGCGGUGACGGCGGCGCCCGCUGGCGUGGAGGUCCCAGCGCUGUCGUACCCGCUCGACACGAACACGUCGGCGUGGACCGCCAACGUGUACGGCAGUUGGCUCACGCCUAGCCCCGCACGUGAUGUGACCGUUACCGUUGGCGGUUGGCCGUGUGUGCCGACGGCUACCGGACCGGUUUCAACGGUUGCCCUGGAUGCGGCUUCCUCGGCGGCGCUGUCGGGCAAUGGCGGCGUCAACGUGACGCGGAUGUCUUGCAUCGUGCCGAAGCUGCCGGCGGGCGAUUGGCCGUUGAACGUCAGCGUGGCGGGCUAUGGCCUGGCGCGGCCUCCAGCCACGCCACGUGCUGAGCUGCCAGUGCUGACGUACCCCCUGCGGGUGCUGCGGCAGCAGCCGCUGUCCGGCACCGCCAAUCAGCAGGACUGCCAGCUAUCCAUCUUCGGCGGCUCUACCGUGACUCUGGCGGGAGUGGGCUUCGUGUCGGGGUUGACCAAUGCCACCCUCGGCAGGACCAUGUUCCUCGAAUGGGACAGCCCAGCAAACGGCAUUUGUGUUGCUACUGCCUCCGCCUCUUGCGCCUGGCUUGGCGCGCCUCCGCCGCCGCUUGUGGCAGCGGCGGCAGGCGCGCUGCCGCUGCAGCUGCUCUCCAGCGACGGCGCUACAGCCGUGUUCAGGAUUGGCCGCUACAGCCUUGCCGACUUGCCGGCGUCGGCUGUCGCAGCUGCAGCGGCGGCCGUAGCCGGAGGUGGUGGCAGCAUCAGCACGGGCGCGCUGGCGCCGCCAGCAACUUACCUGACUGGUAACGCCACGCUGCGAAGCGUGCUGAGGUGGCGACUGCGAGUCUUCAACUCAGGUGUUGUGCCGCCUACGGCCACAGAGGUCACCGGCACGCUUGCUUUCUGCGGCGGCCGCACACCAGCGGUCACAAGCGUUGCGCCAGCGACAGUGGCAGCCGGGUUGCAGCCAUCCGGAGGUGUUGCGCUGGUCAUCAGCUGGCAGGUGUCACUGGCUGGCAGUAGCAACGGGACCUGGAACGCGUCGGCCGCCGGCAGUAGCAGCGCCGCCACGGUCGAGCUGGUGGCGGUGGCGCGCGGUGGCAGUAGCACCGCUGGGGCUGGGCCGCUGCUGCUACAGCCCCUGGUGCUCAACUGCAGCGACGCGCGUGUCAACGCCAGCAGCCUUGGCAGCACCAGCUACAACGAGACGCUGCGCUGCCAGCUCCCUGCCUACGUGCCUGCUGGCACCUACACGCUGUGGCUGUGUGCGCCGCCGCUGGGGUGCGGCUACGCCGCCGCCUCUUGGACCGCGGCGCUCCAGGUGUCCGGCUUUGCGCCAGGCUCAGCGAUGCAGGGCCCCGCCAGCGGCGGCACCGAGGUCACCGUGGUGAGCAGCGGUCACUCAUUGGACCCAGCGGCGCCGCCUGCCGCCCGCUUCGGUGGCAGCGCGUGCGCGGUGCUGGCCAUGGAUGCCAGUAGCUUCCGCUGCCGCACGGGCGCGGUGGCGCUGCCCGCCGGGGCGGCAAGCGCGACGCUGCCGCUGUCGGUGACGCCGGCGCCGGGCGCAGAUGAGGUGACUUUCAGCAACGUGACGUUCACCUUUGCGGCAGCGGGCGGCAUGUGGGUUACGGCGGUGAGCCCGACGCAGGGCCCUGUUGCAGGCGGCACGGCGCUCCGGUUGUCCGGCAGCGGCUUCGACGUCACCGCCGCCGCCCAGAUGAAUGUCACAAUCGGCGGCGUGCCCUGCGGCAACGUCAACGUACUAUCCAGCGACGCCAUUACGUGCGUGACCGGGCCGCUUCUGGCGCCGGUGGCAGCCGGCGGAGCAGCUGCGGCGGCGGCGGCGGUGGUGGUUCCGGGGCAAUGGCUGGAUGUGGUGGUGUCGACGCCAGGCCGCGUGUCCGGCGCCCUGAGCGCGGGUCCCAAUGGCAGCACCAGCGGCACAAGCACGUUGUCGCCACCAGCCGCCUCGUUCCGAUACCUGGACGCUUGGUCCUCCCCCUCCUCCUGGCCGUCAGGGCGGCUGCCCCAGGCCGGAGACGACGUGGCAGUGGCGGCGGGGCGGGCGCUGCUGCUGGAUGUGAGCCCGCCGCCUCUGGGAGCGCUGCUGGUGCUGGGCUGGCUUGUGUUUGACGACACGCAGCCGGCGCUGGAGCUGCAGGCGCGCAGCAUCCUGAUAGACGGUGGCGGCCGGCUGAGUGUGGGCUCUGCAGACCAGCCAUACGCCUCAGCCGCCACCAUCACACUGAUCGGGAACCCGCCAGCAGUAUCGCCGGAUGACAGCGGCGGCGUCUCGGGCUGUGUGGAUGAUGGUGCUAGCGGCGCUGCGGGCGGGCUGGCGUUGUACGGCACCAAGGUGAUUGCGGUACGGCAGGGCGUGCUGGAGAUGUACGGCACACCCCGCUCACCGCCGUACACCACCCUCAACAUCACCGCCAACCCGGGCGAUGGCGCAAUCCUCGUCAACGGGGCAGUCGACUGGAAGGCCGGUGACCGCAUCGUGAUUGCGAGCAGCUCCUUCUUCGCGGAUGAGGUGGACGAGGCGACUGUCGUGUCCGUGACCACCACCAACAGCUCAACCUCAGGCGACAUCGUGAGCCGUGUGGCUCUGGACGCGCCGCUGAGCUACACGCACCUGGGAGUGGUGGUGGCGCCGCCGGCCACCGCCGCCGGACUCACGCGCCCCGCCCAGCCACUGGACAUGCGCGCUACUGUGGCGCUGCUCAGUCGCAAUGUGGUGCUGCAGGGGGACGCAGCGUCCGCAAACUCCAUGUUCGGGGCCAGGGUGUUGGUCCACACGCCGCCGUCACUCCUCGCGCAAGGUCCCAAAGCCGCCGUGCGGCUGAGUCAUGUGGCCAUGCGCCGCAUGGGGCAGGCGUUCCGCACCGGAGCCUACUCGCUGCAUUGGCUGCAGCAGGGUGAUGUCGGCAGCAGCAGCAGCAGCAGCAGCAGCAGCAGCAGCAGCAGUAGCAGCAGCAGUAGCAGCAGUAGCACCGCGGCUGCCGGCAGCUUUGGCGCAUCCUGGGUCCGCGGCUGCGUGCUGCGUGACGCGUACGCCCGGGGUUUUGUCGUGACUAACACCAGCGGACUGGUGCUGGAGCGGAACGUGCUGUACGAAGUGUACGGGCACGGUUUCGUGCUGGAAGAGGGCACGGAGUACGGCAACGUGCUGGAUGGGAACGUGGGCAUCCUGACCAACGCCAACCCAGCGCUGCCGCCGACUGCCGCGUGGGAUGCUGGCAACCCAGCCACCUUCUACGUCGCCAACCCCAACAACACACUCAGGAACAAUGUGGCAGCGGGCUCCGAUCACACUGGCUUCCUCUACCGCCUGCCAGAUGCCCCGGAGGGCUCCGGCUCCACUCUGGCCACUGCCGCUUUCUACAGCACUUGCCCGCGCUUCACAGCCAUGCCUACUGUCCCUAUCGGCAGCAGCAACGGCAGUAGCAGCAACGGCAGUAGCAGCAACGGCAGCGUCAGCAGUGGGGGGUUUGCCUCCAACACAGCGCACUCGGCGCUGCUGUAUGGACUGCGCGUCCACCCCGAGUACUUCCCACGUGCCAGCCCCUGCAGCCGCUACGCCGCCCCGCUGCAGCAGGCCGCGGCGGUGUUCGACGGCCUCACCGCAUUCAAGUGCGGACUCAAGGGCGCGGCCGCCAGCGUGGUGGGGCUGGUGCAGUUCCGCGGAAUGGCGCUGGGCGAUAACGGCGGCGGACCUGUGACACCGAACACCACACUCAUCAAGGAGACCGGGGCACAGGCCGAGAUUGCGUGGGUGCACGAUGACAGGUCCAGGAUCACCGCUGGCCUGACGAACCUGGCCGGUGUCUUCUCCACCACGCUCUUCGGCCGCACCGCGGCUGGCGCCGUCGGCACCGCCGGCCGCUGGCCCAACGCCACCCGCCGUAUCGCCGGCGUCGCCACGCAAAGCACGCCCCAGGGCAGCUCCUACCACCAGUGCGGCCUGGCCCUGGUGAACGUCACCUUUGCCAACUUCACCGUCGCCGUGCCGCUGUCCAUUGCGGGGGCCGUGGCGCCGCCGCCGCCGCAGCUGUUUGCGCUGGAGGCGUGUGCGCGCUGCCUGUCACUCCAGGGCGGCUGCACAACGCAAACCGCGGGGCUGCAGUUCGUAGAGCUGGCGGAUGCUGUCGGCACCGGCGCGGGAGGGGCUGCGGCUGGGACGGACGGCAGCAACGCGAGCAGCAGCGCAAGGUCAGGCACGCGGCGCCCUGCGCUGGCGGCCUGGAGCUGGUUGCAGCAGGGCAUCUACGAGGACACAGAUGGCUCCUUGCUGUCCGCCGCCCAGCUCUCAACCUACCUGUCCUACCCCGCCGCCUUCCCAGCCGCCGCCAACACCACGACAGCCGCCCCGGGUUCCACAGCAGCAGUCGCGCCGCCGCCUUGGGCUGGGAGUACCUUCCACAGCGCGAUCAACAACACCCUCUUUGAGCCCAGCGAGUGUGUCUACCUGCGCGGCGCCGCGGCCUGGCCUUCCUCCAACACGGCCGCCGUGUGUGCGCCGCGCGUGGGGCCCUUCCGGCGCCUGCACGUGGCCGUGGCGCCGGCCACCAUCGGCUCAACCGAAAUGGUGGUUGUGAACGCGGCCACGAACCGCAGCAGCGUGGUGCCGUAUGUCGCGGUCAAUGAAGCAUCGUACAUGGUCACACUUCCAACCGGCGGCCGCGAGUUUUGGAUCCAUUGGCGCGCGCCCACGGGCAUCCGUGUCGACGCGACCUCUUAUAACCUGUACCGCCUGGACCUCCUGAAUGCCUCCAACCACUUCUCCUACAUCACCACGCGCUACACCAUCAAUGGCACCUUCACCGUCAACAGUACAACCGUUACGGCGAGCGCUCGGCCCGCCGCCAGCGUGUCAACCGCUCACGGCGCCACGUCGUACAACCGAACCUUCACGACCAACGGCUGGAGGUGGUUGGGCACCGGAAACGGCACCGUUGCCCGGUUCAACGACACCGCGCUCACCACCUUUCUCGCAGGAGGCAGCAACGCCCUACUUCGGAUCCAAUCUGGAUCCUGCCCUUCUGUCGGCUGUCCCACACAGUUUGUCGAGGAGCAAGAGCCCUUCCUUCGCUGGUCACGAGACACGACCUGGGCGAACGUGACAGGCGGCAAGCCCGGCCCCGGCGCCAACGUGACGGUCCCGGUGGGCUGGGCGCUGCUGCUGGACGAGAGCCCGCCGGCCCUUGGAUCGCUGGUGGUGCUUGGGUCACUGCGGUUCGACCCCCUGCAGGACAUCACCCUCACAGCCGCCGCAGUGAUGGUGCUGGCAGGGGGAUCCCUCUCAGCUGGAGCCCCCGGCGCGCCACACCCACGCGCCGCGCGCAUCCUUCUGACCGGCUUCCGUGGGGACCCCGGCUGGCGCGUCCCGAAUGCGUCAGGAGCGCCCUUUGCACCGGGCGCAGACCUCGGGACCAAGGUGCUUGCGGUGCUGGGCGGUGGCACACUCGACCUGCACGGCCGGGCGCAGGCGCGGCGCUGGACCCGGCUGGCGCGCCCCGCCGCCCCGGGUGACACGGUGCUUCGACUCGACGUGCCGCUGUCGGACCUGGACGGAAGCUGGCAGCCCGGAGACCGCGUCCUGAUUGGAUCCAGUUCGUACAACCAGUACCAGAGCGAGGUGCGGUACAUCGUGGCCGUGCUGCCGUACAGCGCCCUUGCAGCGGUGGAUGGCGGCGGCGGCGGCGGUGCGGCGUCCGCAGACGGCAACCUGACGGCGGUCGUGCUGGACUCGCCGCUCCGCCACCCUCACGCCGCGCGCGGCCGCAGCUACCCCGUCAGUGGCAACGGCAGUAGCAGCAGCGGCAGUGGUGGCAGUAGCAGCAGUGGCAAUGCCACGCUGUCCGUGGACCUGCGCGCAGAGGUGGCGCUGCUGUCCUCAAACGUGGGCAUCGCGGCGGCGGAGGCUUACAGCAUGGCGGCGGGCAGCCUGCCGCCAUCCGAUCUGUACGGCAGCCCCCCAUCGGCUGCAAGUGGAUCCAACUCAAGCAACAGCAGUACAACGGCGGCCUGGGUCACGUACGGCGCCCGCCUCCUGGUGGCGGGCAACAGUACGGCACGGUUGGUGGGCGCGGCUGUGGAGUACUGCGGACAGCUGGACGGCUCGCUGCUUCGGCCGUGCGUCUUGUUCCAGGACUUGCUGCAAACAGCAGUAGCAGGAGCAGCAGCUACCAACGGCAGCAGUAGCAACAACAGCAGCAGUAGCAACGGAGCUGCCAAUAGCACCUUCAGCAGCGCAGCAGGCGCGCAAUUGUAUAUACGAGGAAGUGCCAUUGCCUUUGGCGUGGGUGGCAGCAUUGCCAUUGCCGGAGCAUCAACAGCGCCAGCAUCCGCAGACAUCAGAAACACCACCAACACUACUGCGGUAUCACCCGCAAAUUCAUCGGCAGCAGCAGUAGCAGCAGUAGCGCUAGAAGACAACGCAUUGUACGGCACUUACGGAGCCUCUAAUGUUUUGGUACUGUCAUCCAGCAAUCUCAUCAAGAAUAACUUGGCUUUGGGAGCAGUAUGGGAUGGGGGUGUAGCAUUUGGAGCAUUGACAGCAGGCGGCGCGGCAGCGACAUUGCUGCCGCAGCAGGUGCCGCAUCCACUGAAUGCCAGCAACAGCGGAGACAUAGUUGCAAGCACUGGCAACAGCAGCAAAAGCACUGCGUACCGCGCACGAGUGCUGAGCAACUUCUACAUAAGGGAUCCAGGGAAUUGGGUGGAAGGCAACGUGGCAGCAGGAAGUGACGCAUUUGGGUUUGCCGUACAGGGCACUCCAUGCAUUGAUCUAACAGCAAUUGAAGCACUGGCUGGAAUCUUCGAGAACAGUAGCAGCACUAGCCUUACCAGUGGAGGCCAAGGCAGCAGCAGUGCCAAUGACAGUAGCAGUAGCGGAUCGGCUGGCGUGUGGGCGCUCGGCUCGUUCCGCAACAACACCGCCCACGGUUGUUUGGUGGGGCUGUGGCUUCGAUCUAGCGCGGCGUCUCGGGCCGCCGCGCCCGGUGGUGGCGGCGGCCGCUGCACCGCGCUGUCCAACUUCACGGCGCACACCAACUGGGAUUAUGGCCUGCUCACGCUGCGCGGCAUCGACACGGACGUGCGGAUGUACGACGUGGCAUUGCUGGACAAUCGACACGCCGGCGCGGCACUGCUGCGGCAGGGCGGCUUCACGGAGCGCGCGGGCGUGUCUUGGCGCGGCGGGCUGCUUGCGGGGCGCACGUCACCGGUGCUUUGCGCGCUGUGCGCGAGCCCGUCUGACGCGGGCUGCCACCAGCGCCUGACGCCCCAGUCGUACAACCGCGCUCUGCCGUACACGCCUUCGGUUGGAUUUGUGGCGGCGGCGUUUGCGUUGGGCUUCUCAGUCGGACCGGACCGAAGUCCAUGGGACGCCGUAGCCAGUUACCCGACCGUAAAUGGAAUGGCCUUGAUCGACGGAGUGGUAGUGGCUGACUUUGAGGGCGCCAGUGGGUGCGGCGGCGGCAGCUUUGCCUUUGCCAACAACCCCACCGCACCCGACGCCUCGCACCCACACUUCUUCCGGCGCAUCACGCUCGCCAACACCAAUACGGACGGGUCUGCCCAAGGCCUGUUCCUCAUGCGGGGACCCGACCCGGCUUGGCGGAACCCGCUCGACUGCGGCACUGCCAACUACACUGCCGGCGCAACGCCCCUGCCCCUCAACUGCGCGGGACCUUCACGGGCCUUGUUCAACGACCUGGACGGUUCUCUGGGGGUUUCGCCUGCGGGCGGCCCGGUCACAGUGCUGGGCGCGUUACCAGAUGGCCCGCGACCUCAGCCGCUGGCACAGGCGCCGGCGAUGCCUUCGGGCAGUGGCUGCAUCUAUCGCGGUGACCUCGGCACCUACGUGUGCGCCGGCGGCCCUGCUGGCAGUGGGGCUACUGGUGUCUUCGACCCACAGCUGUUUGUGUUGGCGAGCCGUGACACGGAUGCCGAGGUCCGCGGCCCGGAGGCGGUGGCGUUCAACGUGUCGGGCUCUGUGGAUGUGGUGGUGCCGGCCAUGGACCAGGGCUGGUGCCUGGGAUCCGCAUCCUGCAAGCGGCGACUUGCGGCGUUUUGGUCAGUGCUUCCCACAGGAGGUUCUGUGGAUGUCUCCUUCACAGGCUCGGUCCCGGACUCGUUCCAGCUCUGGAUGCCGUACGCGAGCCCCAGCGCCGAGCUUGUGAUGGCGUUUGACUUCCCUACUAACUGUACGGCGGCGCGGCGCUUUGCAUGGGUGCCGCCACUUGUUGCUAACACCGUGUUUGGAGCAAGCGGUAGCAGCAGUGCUGGCGGGCGGGGGCAGCGUUUGUCAUAUGGCCCGCCUGCGCCGUACGACGGUACGCCCCACGGGUCGUACUGGUGGGAUGUGGACGGCGGGCGGCUUGUCGUCAAGAUGGUGGGCGGCGGCAGGUCACUGGAGGUCCGCACGGAGGCGGCUGUGCCGGUGCGCCUGAACGCCACCGUCACUUCGGUCCCGAUGACACUUGCGGCGCGGCGGGCGCUUGCCUCCGCCCUUGCCACCGCAGCCGGCCUGGAUCCCCUGCGCAUAGAGGUCAUGCCCCUGCCCCAGCAGCUCUACCCUGGAGACGCAAGCGCAGCCACCGCAGCCACCAGUGGUGGCCAAGCCACGCUGCCUGUGGCUGUGCACAUCUACCCGCCGGCCGCAGAUUCUAACAUCAGUCGGCCAGACGCCUUCCCACAGCCGGCCCGGUGCAGCACCGCAGGCGGCCUGGACGCAGGGACGCAAGGAGCACUUCUAGCGACCAUUUGGUCUGGCCUCGUCAACGCAAACGAGGAGCAACAGGCUGCGGCGGUGGCCGCAGCCUUGGCAAACGCAACCGCCGCCGCUGCGGCGGCAGCGCUCAGCACUGAUGAUGACUACAGCUGGGCACAGCAGCUGGCGAUGGCGGCGGCAGCCGCGGGAGGUGGGCUGCUGGCGUCCUGGACGCCGCCACCCCCGGCACCCCCGGCACCUGCGUUGGCUGUGCAGCUGACGUCAGCGUACCUGGCAGAUCUGUAUCGGGCUUGGGUGAUGCUGGCGUGGCCGCCGACGCCGGCCGUGAACGGCCUGGCAAUUAGUGGCGGUCCCGUGCUAGCGGGCGUGUGUGGAGGCGCCGACGGGGCGUGGCUGGCGAACACGGGCACGCGCGGGGCCCUGGACGCCACGCUACGGGCUGCCAUUGUGGCGGCGAACACGUCACCGCCGCCCAUGCCGCCACCUCCCGCGCCGCCGCUUCCGCCGCCCAGCCCGCCGCCCAGCCCGGCGCCCCCUAGCCCGGCGCCGCCCAGCCCCGCGCCGCCCAGCCCUGGGCCGCCGUCCCCGGCCCCGCCCAGCCCUGGGCCGCCGUCCCCGCACCCACCCAGCCCGCGGCCGCCAUCGCCUUUCCCACCGAGCCCUAUGCCUCCGAGCCCGGCGCCCCCAUCCCCCGCGCCUGGCCCGCCUUCGCCAGCCCCUCCCAGCCCGGCGCCACCGUCACCGGCCCCGCCCAGCCCCGCGCCACCUUCGCCUGUCCCGCCGAACCCGAAGCCGCCAUCGUCUCCCCCACCGAGCCCUGUGCCCCCAAGCCCAGCGCCACCAUCCCCCGCGCCGCCCAGCCCUGGCCCGCCUUUGCCCGAGCCACCCAGCCCAGCACCGCCUUCUCCUGCUCCUCCAAGCCCCGUGCCGCCGUCGCCUGACCCUCCUUCCCCCGCUCCCCCUUCCCCACUCCCGCCCUCCCCUCCGCCAAGCCCGGCGCCACCGUCUCCUGCUCCACCCAGCCCUGAGCCUCCUCAGCCUCCGUCUCCGCCUCCAGCGCCCAGCCCGCCGCCGCCAGACCCGUUCCUUCGCUGGUCACGAGACACGACCUGGGCGAACGUGACAGGCGGCAAACCCGGCCCCGGCGCCAACGUGACGGUCCCGGCGGGCUGGGCGCUGCUGCUGGACGAGAGCCCGCCGGCCCUUGGGUCGCUGGUGGUGCUUGGGUCGCUGCGGUUUGACCCCCUGCAGGACAUCACCCUCACCGCCGCCGCAGUGAUGGUGCUGGCAGGGGGUCUGUUGGCAGCUGGGAGCACGGCCUCGCCGCACCCCACAGUGGCGCGCGUGCUGCUGACCGGCUCGCCCAGCGAUCAGGGCUUCAUAUUGCCGCCCUUGGAAGCAGCUAUGGCCGGGCCCGGCUACCCUGCUGGGAGCAACAUCGGCAGCAAGGUCCUGCUGGUGGCGGCCGGCGGCCGGCUGAGUCUACACGGCCGGUCGGUCACCCGCCGCUGGAUGCGGCUGGCCCGGGCGGCAGCGCCCGGCGACACGUCCGUUCGGAUCUCAGGAUCUCCGUCCGGCGAGCUACGUGGAAUCCAGGUCGGGGAUCGCGUCAUGAUCGCAUCCACGUCGUACAAUCAGUACCAGACGGAAGUCCGGCGCAUCACGGGAGUCGUGGCGCAGCCCGCGGACAGCACGGCGGGUGCAGGAAACCUGACUGCGCUGGUCCUGGACUCGCCGCUCCGCCACCCUCACGCCGCGCGCGGCCGCAGCUACCCCGUCAGUGGCAACGGCAGUAGCAGCAGCGGCAGUGGUGGCAGUAGCAGCAGUGGCAAUGCCACGCUGUCCGUGGACCUGCGCGCAGAGGUGGCGCUGCUGUCCUCAAACGUGGGCAUCGCGGCGGCGGAGGCUUACGCCACCAUCACCGCCGCCAACGGUACGCAGCCUCUGGCAUCGGAACCGUCCCUGGAUCUCAACCGCCUGUACGGCAGCCCCGGAGCCAAUGACGGCCCGUCAACCGCUGCCGUACCGUACGGCGCCCGCCUGCUGGUGGUUGGUACCGGCUCGGCACAGCUAACCAACGUGGUGGUGGAGCGCUGCGGGCAGUUGGCGGCUGUGGGCCAGGAGCAGCGGCCUUGCGUGCUGUUCCAAAGCCUCUCACCCAGGCCUGCGCCGGCAAAUGGCGACGACAGCGACGGCAGUAGCCGCUGCAGCGACGGAAGCAGCGAUGGCAGUAGCACCAGCUGUGAAUCUGACAUCAGCAGCAGCCAAUCGUACAUGUACGAUUCGGCAAUCGUGGCGGGCGUGGGAGGCAACGUGGCAGUGCUGGGGAGCCAGAGUCCCACGGUUCGUGUCGAGCUGUACGGCAACGUAUUGUACGGCUCCUAUGCCGUCUCCAACGUCCAGCUGCUGACAACGGGCAACCACCUCUACAACAACCUUGCACUGGGCGCGAUUGCAGCAACCAACAGAACCGCCAACAGCAACAGCACGGCUGCCGGCGCUACCUCCGGCCCGGCCUCGGUGUCGCCCGCAAACUUCCUGCUCUCCCAGUCAGCGAACUGGGUUGAGGGAAACGUAGCGGCAGGCUCCGACCGCUUUGGCUUUGUGUAUCAGGGCAUGCCGUGCACUCAGCCCUCAGCGCCACCAUCUGCAUCGCCACCCGCCUCCCGGCCGCCGAUCCGAACUCCACCAACAACGUCGCCGUCGCCUCCACGCGCGCCGUCCGUGCCAGCACCGGGCCCGCUUCCGCCUGCCAUCCCGCCGCCCUCGGCGGCCCCUGCGCCGGUGCCGACCCGGCUGCCACCGCCUGCGCCCCCUCCACAGUCGCCUCCCUCCGAGCCUUGGGAUGUGGGACCCGUCGCGUGGACGCGUGGCUCGUUCCAAAACAACACGGCGCACUCGUGUCUUGUGGGCGCAUGGCUUCGCGCCAGUGUCGCAUCCAGUGGUGUGGGCUGCACCGCGCUCUCCAACUUCACGGCGCACACCAACUGGGAUUAUGGCCUGCUCACGCUGCGCGGCAUCGACACGGACGUGCGGAUGUACGACGUUGCAUUGCUGGACAACCGACACGCCGGCGCGGCGCUGCUGCGGCAGGGCGGCUUCACGGAGCGCGCGGGCGUGUCCUGGCGCGGCGGGCUGCUUGCAGGGCGCACGUCACCGGUGCUGUGCGCGCUGUGCGCGAGCCCGUCUGACGCGGGCUGCCACCAGCGCCUGACGCCCCAGUCGUACAACCGCGCCCUGCCGUACACGCCUUCGGUUGGCUUUGUGGCGGCGGCGUUUGCAUUGGGCUUCUCUGUUGGGCCCGACGGGGGAUCCACGUGGGAUGCCGUGCGUGGCUACCCCACGGUAUUUGGCCACGCUAACAUCACGGGCGUCACAGUGGCUGACUUUGAGGGCGCCAGUGGGUGCGGUGGCGGCAGCUUUGCCUUCGCCAACAACCCCACCGCGCCCGACGCCUCGCACCCACACUUCCUCCGGCGCAUCACGCUCGCCAACACCAGGACGGACGGGUCUUCCCAAGGCCUGUUCCUCAUGCGGGGACCCGACCCGGCUUGGCGGAACCCGCUCGACUGCGGCACUGCCAACUACACUGCCGGCGGAACGCCCCUGCCCCUCAACUGCGCGGGCCCUUCACGGGCCCUCUUCAAAGACCUGGACGGUUCUCUGGGGGUUUCGCCUGCGGGCGGCCCGGUCACAGUGCUGGGCGCGUUACCAGAUGGCCCGCGACCUCAGCCGCUGGCACAGGCGCCGGCGAUGCCUUCGGGCAGUGGCUGCAUCUAUCGCGGUGACCUCGGCACCUACGUGUGCGCCGGCGGCCCUGCUGGCAGUGGGGCUACUGGUGUCUUCGACCCACAGCUGUUUGUGUUGGCGAGCCGUGACACGGAUGCCGAGGUCCGCGGCCCGGAGGCGGUGGCAUUCAACGUGUCGGGCUCUGUGGAUGUGGUGGUGCCGGCCAUGGACCAGUCUUGGUGCUUUCCAGCCGCCGGCUCCUCCAGCUGCAGCCAGCGGCUAGCUUCCUUUUGGACAAGCCUGCCAACGCGCCGGACCACUCACAUAUCCUUUUACCCAGAGUCAAGUGCGCCGCGCUCGUUCCAGAUGUGGAUGCCGUACGCGGAUCCUGGCUCUGAGACGAUCCUAGUUAUUCGCUUCGACGCAGCCAGUCUGUCACGCCGCUUCGUAUGGCUGACUGACGCAAGUGAUCGCGCAACCGCUAUGACAGCCAGCCCGCCGGCAUUGUAUGACGGUACGGCCCACGGCUCGUACUUUUGGAAUGCAACGACCACAACACUGACGCUGAAAAUGGUGGGCGGCCUUACUCUGGAGGUCCGUGCCGAGCCAGCCGUCAUGAUGGGCACCGCACUCGCCAUCCCGGUGGACAGCUUUGGUCCCUCGGCGCAAGCUGCAUUUGUCAGCAAGCUCACCAAUGCCAGCGGGCUGCAGCCCUCACAGAUUGAGGUGCUUCGUGUGCUCGCUGGCUCCUUGCGCCUCAACAUGCUCAUCUACCCCGACCCCCGGCUCUUUGCGGCGCCCAGGCCCUACUACUGGCCUCCAGAGAUGCGUAGCGCGUCUGACCUCACAGGCAACGUCGCCGUGGAUGCGGGUGGCCUAGACUCGCAGACACAGGCGGCUCUGUGGGCCCAGGUGGUGGCUACUGCAAGCAACAGCACCACCGGCACAUCUACGGGAGCCAGCAUCGCGGCCGUGCAUCUGCUGGAGGCAGCCAUUGCGGCCGCACGCGAGCGAGUGAUUGCGGCGCUGACUGCGACAGCCAGUGCUGAUGAUGGCGGCACGACCACCAGCGAGCACCCACCGGCGCCCUCGGCGCCUCCGGAUGCGCCGGUGCAGACCUUCUCCGACAUUUCCUCGUCCUUCUUCACAGCAAUGGCAAAGGUGGCGGCCGUAUUGUCGCUGCCGUCCGCCGCGGAAAGUGAGGUCGUAUUGGGAGCGCGUGUCAUGGACAAGCCAACGCUACUGAGCCUGUACGGACUUGGCGGUGGGGACCUGCUUCUGGAAGACCCGGCCAUCGCUGCUGCAGCCGCGGCGUCACUGCAGGCUGCGGUCACGGCUGCCGAGAGCCUGCGGCCGCCGCCACCGCCACCGCCACCUCCACCUGCCGCUGGUGGGCAGCCAUCGGCACCCGGGGCGGCAGGUGGCAGCAGCGGCAGCCCCGUCGGUGCAGGUGGAACUCCGGUCAGUAGUGGAGGUGGUGGCAGUGGCGGUGCGCCGGGUGUGUCGGACCCCACGGGUGCGACCGGCGGCGGCGGUGACCGCGGCACCACUGGCACUGGCACUGGAACCGGCGUCAACGAAAUCGGCAGCUACAGCCCCAGCCCCAGCCUGCAGACGGAUGGCGGCAGUGGCACGAGCGGCGGGGCCUUCAGUCCCUCGGCCAACGCCGGAAGUGCGCCUCGCCAGGUCGGCGGCAAUGGUGCCGAUGGCGGCGCUGACGGGUCCACGGGAUCCAACGGCACCGGCAACGGCACCAGCAGCAGCAGUGGGUCAGGCGGCAGUAGCACUGCUGGCGCAAGCAACGGAAGUGGCAGCAGCGGUGGCGGCAGUAGCAUACACCUGGCUGUUCUCGUGCCGGCAGUUGUAGGUGGCAUCUUGCUGGUGGCGCUGGCGGCGGCGGCGUUUGGGUAUGCCGCCGCAGUCCAGCGGCGGCCCCGCCGGCACUCCGCUGGCGGCGCCGAUGCAGCCCGUGGGCAUGGAGACGCUGCAGUGGCCGCGUCGGGUUCCGCAGCUGUCGCAGCGAGCAGCUGGCGGCGGCGGCUGGGUGAGGGUGGCCCACAGGUGGCGAGCAGCGGCGGCAGUUGGGCAUUCCGGCUGCGGCAGGGAGGUGAGGAUUAUGAGGUCGCGUCGCGCGCGAGCACGAUUGUGUUUGAGAACCUCAUGGCUGUGGCGCUGGUGCUGGAUGACCUGGAGGAGCCCACUCACGUGAGCGGUACGGUGGCGGUGGGGGGAGCAGGCGCCGUCACAGCCCUCGGUGGCAGUGGAUGGGUGGCUGGCGGAAGGAACCGCGGGACGCAUGACCAUCAGCCGCCGCCGUCGCCGCCGCCGCCUCUGAUGGUCCCGGAUGAAAGGGAUGAAGAUGCAAUGUCGCAGCACAUGCCGGAGCUUGCGUCGGGGGCUGCGACACCGCUGGCCGUAGCCGGCUCACGCUCCACUUCCCCGCAGCGCUGGGCUCUGAUGGCCGCAGCAGCAGCGGCGACGGCGGCGGCCAACCCUGCUGGAUCAACGGCAACGGCCGCCGAUGCUGCCAUUGCGGCGGGCUCGCUUCGCGACGGGCGGCUGUGUCUGACGCCACGCGCUAGCUCGCUCCGAGCUGCAGCGCCGCCGCUCUCACGCUGCGGCUCAGCCUUCAACCUGCACGAGUGCGUGAGGGCGGAGGAUCCGGCGGAGCGGCUGAUGCGCACGGCCGGGUCACCGCCGCUGUCCUGUCGGACCUUGGCAGCGCUGGACAAAGGCACGGCGGCCGGCGGCAGCCACGGAGUGUCGCUGCUGCGGAUUGGCGGCAACGUGGCGGUGACCACGCCAGGGGAGGAAGCUUCAGGUGCGGCGGCGGCUGGCGUGGCUGGCGUCGGCACGGCCUCCACCCCUGGAGCAACGCCGGGCGUGCUGGCCGCUGCCCUAGGCCUGCUGCGGCGGCAGGGCUUCGCAGCCGCUGUAGCGUCAGCCACUGUUAAUGCGGCGGGCGUGGAUGCCGAGCGAUCGCGGGUGCUGUCACGUGGAGGCUCUUUCUCUGUCGUGUCCCGCAAGAACAGCGUGGUGGCCGUAGCACCAGAACCAACGCCAGCCGAUGCGGCCAGCGCUGCGACAGCAGCCGGCGCCUCAGGAACAGCCACCGCUUUGAGCAUUGGCGCCGCUGCAACAGCGGCAGCCUCGGCAAUGGCAGCGGCAAGGCGGCGCGGUGGCCUCCCUGACUUGGCAACGGUGCUGUCGUCAGGAGUCAUGCUUGCGGCGCCGCCGUCCUCCCCGACGGCGGCUGGCAUCUCAGGCAGCUUUGGCGGUGGCCGCACAAGCCCAUUUUCGCAUGGCCCGGGCUCUGCACGCAGCAGGCUGGGCCAGCACUCCCGCUCCACGAUCGUGCCCUUCAUGGCUGAGUAUGGCACGGCGGGCGGGCCCCCACCACCCAUUGUGGCUGCCCCUGUGGUUGGUUCGUCACGUGCGCAGUUCAUCAGCGGCCCAGGCAUCAGCAGCGGCGCACCGCCACCGGCGCAGCCACUGCCGCCGCCGCGCACCUCCGACGGACCGCCUUCCGCGGGGUUGGAUGGUGGCGUAGCUUCACGCCAGCGUCCGUCUCGCUUCAUGCCGGACUCACGAGCCACGAGCGCAGGCGGUGUCACACCCGUGACCCUGGCGACGACGACAGCUGCGACGUCACGGCGCAGCAGUACGGGCGGUGCCGUCGUGUGUGGUGCCGCGGGUGCGGCCUCGCCGCCUCAAGGCGAGUCGCUUCGCACGACGCCUGCUUCCGCUCGACUGCGCGACGCUGUGGUUGUGGAGGGAGAGCCUUUCGAAAUGGCUGAUAAUGGUGCGGGUGCGGUUGGCGCUCAGGCCGUGCUGCAGCCGGCGGCCGCAGCUGCGCAGGCAGCAGCAGCAGGUCCAGCGAUGUCGGCAAAGGCCGCUGCCGUUGCGGUUGCGAAAGCCCCGUCGCUGGUAGGCCGCUUUGUGGCGUGGGCCCGAGGCCUCUUUGGCAAGGCCUCGUCUCCAUCACCGCCAACGACCGCAGCGGUCACGCCGGAGCCCAUGAGCCCACCACAGUCAGCAGCUGCUGCAGACAGCAGGGUUGUAGGCAGUGAGGUAGCGGAGCCCGUCACGCCCUUCGCCCAUGCCAGCACCGUGGCUGCUUCUGCUGCCGGGACAGCCGGGGUGGGGGCGCCGGAGGGCUCUGAAACGGCCGCGGUAUCAUCAUCACCUGCACCUGCAGCGGCAGCACGGCGGUCCUCGGCACCAGGCGGCGCUGACUCAGUCUCUCACGCACUCUCUCCGCCGCAGCACAGCGAGCACGUACAGCCGGGCGCACAGCCGGGCGCACAUCCUGCGCCGGGCGCGGCUGAGUAUCCAGCCACUUCAACUCCUGCGCAGCAUCUAUCCAUGGCUGAGGUCUGGGAUGCUGCAAGCCCAGCACCUAAGGAGCUAAAGCUAUGUGGAGAUGCAGCGCCGCCGCCUGCUGCCGCUGCGGCAGCGACACAGGCGGCGUGUGGAGCUGGGCUUGGCCCGAGCAUCAGCGCGCCUUCCGAGGUCCUUCACGGCAGGGGUGCAGAUGCCCAGGCCUCAGACAGCACGCAACCGCAGGCGCUGGCAGCGCCGGCAAUCAGUGCCCCACAGCCCUCCGCCGCCACUGGCGCAGACGCGGGCACAGCAGGCAUGAGCACGAAUGCAGCUGGCAUCCCUUUGACGCCUGCUGCGCCAUCUGCAUCUUUGCCGCUGCCAGCAGCAGCGCUCGCGCUUGUCGAAUCACAUCCGCAUGGCCUCCCACCAAAGGCUCCGGCCUCGCCAGCAGCAGCGGGGCCGCUGCUCUCGCCUGCGCACCAGGCUCCAGGCAGCUUACCGCCGCUGUCCCGUGGACGUCACACCUACAAACCCCGCCGCCUGCCCCCAAUCGAGGCCGCCGCACCCGCGGCGGCGGCGGCAGCCACAACCCAAACGGAAUCAAGCGGGCUUCUUGGUGCAGGCACGUGUGAAUCAGUUCCCGCCGCUCCCGCAGGCGCGACUGCUCAGGCGUCAAGCAAGGCAGCGCGAGCAGAGAUGCCGCAAGCGGGUGACAUGUCAUGCGCCUCGCAGCCAAGCUCGCCGCCAGCUUCACCGACUAGGGCCACGCCUGGUGCACCCGUAUCCAUGCCGUGUGGUGGCGACGCGGGUAGCUUGAUGUCCGAGGCGGCAGAGCUGCAGCCGGACAGUGGCGCGGAAUCCGUGCAAGCUCCACAGCCUGAGCCAUCACAUCCACCUAGCGUAAGUGGUGGCGCCACCGCCCAAGUGCAGCUGUUGCAGAUCUUGGCAGCGCAGCAGCAGCAGCUGUCAGCGGCUGUAGCGUCGCACGCGCUACUGCCGCCCUCGCCGUUACUGCUGCCAUCAUCACAGCAACAGUCCGGAGCGGGCCUGCCCUCUCCUGCAUCGGUGCAGCUGCAACCUCAGCAGCCACACAGCUCGCGGCCGCAGUCGGCGGCGCAGCAGGACCCGGCAUCACCGCGCGUGCGUGCCCUCGCAUCGGCACUGUCGAUCGCCCGCCGCGACCGUCGUGGCCUUCUGAACCCGCUACAGCUGCCCAACGACCCGCGCGCCGGCGCCGAGGGCGAAGGAGAUGCUACAGCUACUGCCGCCGAAACAAUGGCCGCCCUCCAGGCACGAUCGGUCUCGGCCCGGCGACUGGCCCCGGUCGUUAGCUUUCGCCGCGCCAGCAUCACCGAUGCGGCCAGCAUCUUUCCCGCCGCCGCGGCCUCGGACGCUGCGGCCGCAGCCGCUGCUGCUGCUGCGCCGGGCUCCUCACGGCACCGUGUGGGGGGCGUGCAGCGCGACUUCGGCUCCCAGUCCUCAGUUGGCUCCGGCACGGGCUCUCACGUGCAAGAUGAUGCGGACAACGACGAUGCCUGCGAGUGGGAUGAUGAUUGGGGCGCAGGGGGCUCCGUGAUUGAGGCCGGCGGGCGCGUCAGCGCACGGCUCAAGUCCAGCACACGCUUUGGCGCCGCCAGCACCAGUCGCACGCGCCUGCAUCCGCUGGCCUCCGCAACCUCAGGCCUCGAGGCCCCGCCGCCGCGUGGGGUGUCGCCGGCAGCAGCGUUGCUAGCUUCCCGCAGCUUCACUGCUGCUGCUGCUGCUGCGGCGGCGGCGGCAGGAGUAGCGGCGUCCAGCCCCCGCGGGCAGCUCCGCUUCCACAUGCCUGGUGCCCUUCAACCGGCGGCGGCUGACGGCUCUGAACCCGUCUCCCCCAAGCCACAGCCCUCCAGCGCUGUGCUGCCAACGUCCCAGACAGAAGCAAGGUCUGGUGCAGCUGUGGGAACGUCAUCAAUGCCGGAGCCUACCGAGGCCGGCGUGGCGGCAGCUGUGGGAAAGCCAGAAACGGGCACGGUUGUGGCUGCAGUCGGGCCCAUCACGCCUGAGAUCAUGCGGCCGGACGCACUGCUGGCGUGGAGCUCAGAUCCCCAUGCAGUGGCGUCUGCCGUAGACGCACCGGCGCCGCGGGAAGUGGUGGAUGGAGAACAGCUGGGCGAGUGGCAUGGGGCAGGGGCGGGCGUGGCCGCAGAUGCGGUGCAGCACAACGCAACGCACGCACGUCGUCGCCUGGCACUGGAGGAUGCGGCGUCGCCUCCUCCCAUUGUUGAUACCGUGGCCGUGCCGCCGCUGACGGCGGCGGUGGAAGCUGCAUCUGCGGCAAUCGCGGACGGUCUUGACCCGGAGCAGCCAAUGCCGCCGCGGCUCCAGCAGCUUCGCGGGAGAGCUGGGCUACAGGAGCUGGGGGCGGGGCAGGAACAGGAGAGGCAGCAUGGGGCUCGCAGCUACCACCAGGCGGGGACGGCACCGGCUGCCGAAGCGGUGCAUCCAGCGCCGCCGCCAGCGCCGCCGUCUCUGCCGCCGCCUGUGUCGCAGCAGCUGCCGCCAGCAGGGCUGCAGCCGCUCAAGCGGGCGCGGCCUCAAGCGCUGGAGCCGGAGCCGGAGCCGGAGGCGGUGCCCGCGGCAGAGGCGCAUCUGGAGUUGCAGCUCGAAAUGCCUGCACCUGACAGUGCUGCGCCCGAGCCCUCGUCCGCUGACGAGAUCGAGAGUGAUGCAGCUGGCGGUGUGGCAGUGGGCAGCAGGGGCCCGGGCCUGAACGUGCCCACAGAAGGCUCUAACACAUUCCGCGCCGAGGGCGGGACAGGCGUUCAGCCGUUAGAGCAACACGAGCAGCAUGAGGAGUUUUUAGGCAUGGAGCCUGAGCCUGAGCCGCAGCGGCACAUGAUCACGAGGGCAGAGAAGGCAGCCAAGCUUGCUGAGCGUGCGGAGCGCGUGGCGAAGCGGGAGGCGAAAGCCGCUGCAAAGAUGGCGCGGGAGGAGCGGAAGCGGCAGCUGGCCGUUGCCGCGGACGCGGCGCGGUCGCUGCCCAGUGCUUCGAUGGGCGGGUACUGAUGGGUACUACGGUAGUGGGUACUAGGCAGUGAAGGCAGAAGGUUGUUUGCUUUAGGCAGCUGACAUGAGAACGAGUAGCUGUCGUUUUGCAGCGUGUGCCUUGACCAUGCAUGUGCGAGUAGUUGAUGUGUUAGGGUUUGCCGCAGGCAGGGUGGGAGACGAACAGGCAGCUGGUUUGCAAGUACAAUGCGCACUGUAGCGGUAGGAAGUCCAGCUGUUCGCAAUGUGCAGCAGGCGCUCAGGGCGCAGAGUGUCCUCAUUCGUACUCGUGAACUGCAAUUCAAUGGCAGCAACAGGUUAGAGGUGUGAUUUAUGGGUGUAAGUAGGGUAAAGAUGCUUUAACGGAGUGCCAUGCACCGUGCAUCCCAGCAGCUAGACGUUGUGAAUGCGCUGCAAGAGUGAUGUUGUUCUCAUACAAGCUAGCGCAAUCGAAGAAUGAGCGAAUGUGUUCAUGCUUUUGGGGUAGAGGAUGACUGCCAGCAAGACUCAUACUCGGUGGGAUUCUGCUGGGUUCUGUUCCCAAGGUAGUCGUUUUCCAUGCAACCCAGUCCAAUAGUAAUGUACGUGCCCAAAGAAAACAGGUGGAGCAUGGUUGAAGCAAUCUGCAACUGCAUGCCACAUGGAUGACUUCGUUCGGCGUUCGUGGCUGUGAGCUUUUCAAAUUCUGCUGAUUUCGUCUCUUCUCCCGCGCCCAACUACCAAGCGUUAUCUGAAGCGAUCACUGAAUGCAAGUGUGUCUUACUACGUUGGCAGCAUCAGAGCCUGUCAUGGCAGGUAUUGUAAGGCCCAUCCAUG